AUGCGUUUCCAAGCCAUUCCCGUCCUCGCCGCCGUGCUGGCCCUGCCUCACGCUGUCUUCGGCGAGGUCAAAUGCUACGGCACAGGUUCUGCUCCGUGGGGCGAUUAUGAGGGCAGGAGUGCCGCCGCGCAUGGGAUCGACGACUGGUGCAAUGAUAUCGCCCCGUCCACAUUCUCGGGCGGCCAACAGGUCAAGCAGUGUCUUGAGGUCGACUACAUCAUCCCGAAUGUCAUGCUGCGGAUGAAGAAUGGGAAGUCGGGCGACGCGGUCCUUGAUGUAGACACGUGCAAGAAGUUGCUCAAGGACAUCGUCGACACUUGUGAUGGUGGCGGUGCGGAUGACGACUCUGAUGGCUGGCGCCCCAGAGCGGACCCUGGCGUUGGUUGUGAUUAG